AUGGAAAGGAAGGAGGUCUUACGAAGCACAGGGAAGUCUUACGAAGGGAAUAAACUCGGGAAGAUUGGGGCUCAAAAACAAAUGAGGGUUAAAGAUCUGAUGCGGGAGGUCUUACGCCCGACCGGCGUACAGGUUUUCUCUUUAGUGAAAUCCAAGUUCCCUAGUCUCAUUUUGCUAAUUGAGACUAAAUGCAGUAGACAUAAGGUGGAGCUAGUGAGGAAGAAGUUGGGGAUGUCUUACAGUUUUGUGGUUGACAGUAAAGGAGCUAGUGGUGGUUUGGCUUUUCUUUGGAAUGAUUUUGUGCAUGUUGAUUUGCUAUCCUAUUCCCAGUCCCACAUCUCAGUCAUAAUCGACAAAUGGGGGGAUAAUAAGGGUUGGAUUUGUACCGGUUUCUAUGGCAACCCCAUGACUUCAAAAAGAUAUCAGAGCUGGGAGUUGCUGCCUGUUCUAGAUCCUAGUAGCAGUAAUCCUUGGCUCUGCCUAGGUGACUUUAAUGAAAUUCUACACUAUGGUGAGAAGCUUGGGGGAGGACCUAGGCCUUUAGCUCAGAUGGAAGGUUUCAGAACAGCUUUUAAUGGAAUGUGGGAAGGUUCUCAGUUUACUAAGGAGAGACUCGACAGAGCUUGCGCAAACUCAGCUUGGAUUGAUAAAUUUGGUGGUUUUCUAGUAACAACAGCAACAACAAGCUCUUUUGAUCAUAGGCCUCUUGUGGUAUCUUUGGAUCCAGAAGGUCAGAAGUUGAUCAGAGGGGAAAGACCCUUCAGGUAUGAGGCCAGUUGGGCCCUUAGAGAGGAUUGUCAUAAAGUAGUGAAGGAAGCGUGGAAAAGACCAGAGAUGGUGUCUAACAAGUUGGAAUUGGCUACUGAAGGGCUGACAAGAUGCAAAGAAAGCUUGAGGACAUGGAGUAAAACCUUAGGGGGUUCUACUAAUAAACAUGUUCACAUGAAGAUCAAACAACUCUCUGCUCUCCAGCAAGCAGAUAAGGGUGACUUGCAAGGAUCAAUCCAGGCUGUUAAGAAAGAGAUUGACCAGUUGCUAAAGGAAGAUGAUAUUCAUUGGAAACAAAGGGCUAAGCAAAGAUGGCUCCAAGAGGGGGAUAGAAAUACUAAAUUUUUCCACCAAUGUGCAUCACAGAGGAGGAAAAAGAACACAAUAAAAACAGUAGCAGAUAAGGCUGGGUCCAUAGCAAAGACUCCUGAAGAAGUUGGUGCAAAAUUCCAACAUUUUUUUCAGAACUUGUUUACAACAUCCAAUCCAGAGGGCAUUUCUAAAUCCUUAUCUCAGUUAGAGAGAAAAGUUACUGAAGAGAUGAAUGAAGCUUUGUUGAGAAAGUAUACGAAGCAAGAGGUGAAAAUGGCUGUUUUUAGCAUGAACCCCCUCAGUUCACCUGGACCAGAUGGUUUCCCACCAGCUUUCUAUCAAAAUCACUGGAGUCUAGUGGAAGAUGAGGCCUUGCACACUAUGAAUAACAGAAUGAUUGGUAAAGAGGGGUACAUGGCCUUAAAGCUCGACAUGAGCAAAGCCUAUGACAAGAUUGAAUGGAAGUUUUUGAGAGAAGUGAUGAUAAAGAUGGGAUUUGCUCAGGAGUGGAUACAAUUGGUGAUGAAUUGUGUGGAGUCAGUAUCCUACUCAAUAUUAUUGAAUGGAUCCCCUCAAGACUUGUUCAAGCCAACUAGAGGAAUUAGGCAAGGAGACCCUCUGUCUCCCUACCUAUUUAUUCUCUGUGCAGAAGUUCUCAGCUCUUUACUUAAUCAUGCUGAAUUUUCAAGGGCCAUAUCAGGUGUUCCUAUUGCUAGGGGAAUGAUUCAUAUAAACCAUCUGCUGUUUGCAGAUGAUAGUCUCUUGUUCUGCAAAGCAAAUUCUCUUGAAUGGAGUAGGCUUCUGUUUGUACUCUCAUUAUAUGAAAAUGCCUCUGGUCAGCACCUCAAUAAAGAGAAAACUUCAAUUCACUUCAGCAGGAACACAUCUCAUGAGAACAAGGAAUUAAUUCUGAGAAUUGCAGGAGUGAGAUCUACCCAGCCAUAUGAGAAAUACUUAGGUCUUCCAGCUCUAAUGGGGAGAUCAAGAAAUCAGUCUUUCAAUAUCAUUUUGGAUCGUAUCAGGCAUAAACUGAGCAGUAAUAAAGUCAAAUUGCUUUCUCAAGCAGGGAAGGAGAUUUUCAUCAAAUCUGUUAUCCAAUCAAUGCCUACUUAUAGCAUGGCAGUGUUCAAACUUCCUUGGGCCCUUUUAAAAGAAAUUAACAAGCUGUUGAGGAACUACUGGUGGGGUCAAAUUGAGAAGGAGAGAAAGAUUCACUAG